GCGCGCGGCGGCACGAAAUCAACAAAGCUUUUCUUGGAGUAAUGAAGCAGCUCAAGUUCAUCGUAUCCGCUUGUUCUUUCGUUCAUGGAUUCUAGGUGAGCUUUCCAAGAAAUUACGAAAGAAAAUUGCAGAAUCUCUUGUAUAAAUUUCUUACUGUGCCAUGCGUGGGUGUCCACAGCUUCGUCACCACACACUUUCAGUUGUCUUGAUUCCCCUUUUUAACCCACUCUGCUCACGCCUCUUCUUCUCAAGAUCUGAUCGAGAUAUUUGUCUCUUUUUCAACAUCUGAAUCGAACCCAGUAGCUUGCAAGAACUUGUCUAUCGAGCCGAGUGCGUGCUCGGUUCGAUUAUGGUCAUUGAUCUUGGUGGGUUUUGGUGGGGAAGUAGAAAGAAUUUCAGCGAUUUUUCCUGUAAAACAGGGGAGGGGGGUUCCUCCUGUAGUUGCCCUCUGAUUGUUUCUUGGUGCUCUCACUUUCCAGGAAAAUAGUGAGCGGGGAGUUGGAAUCAUGUGAAGGGAAAGGAAGGGAAAGGUUUGAAGAAUCUGGAACUUGGGUGUUUGGUGGCGGGCUUGGUCUGGAAGACAGUCCAGAGAAGGUAGAGGACAGAAUUUUAUAAUCAAGAGAAAAGACCAGAGAAAAUCGAAAAGGGCAAAGAGAGCAUAAGCACAGUUUGGCAAGAAGGUGAUCUCAAAAAGGUCACAGUUCCGCAGCAGAAGCGGCAAGUAAGAAUCAAUUCCUAUUCCAUCUUACAUCUUCUUAUGUUGGGAUUUCCAGCUCUUCUUUUCUCGCUCAUGCAUUGAAAUUGAAGCUGAACUCUCCUGAAUUCUUGGUAAAUUGGGGUAUAUGGCGACUCUGGUUGAGCCCCCAGAUGGAAUUGGGCAGAGAGGGAAGAAUUACUACUCAGUGUGGCAAACUCUGUUCGAGGUGGACACCAAGUAUGAGCCCAUCAAGCCCAUCGGGAAAGGGGCGUACGGCGUGGUGUGCUCGUCGAACAACAGGGAGACGAACGAGAAAGUCGCGAUCAAGAAGAUCCACAAUGUGUUCGAGAACCGGGUGGACGCGCUGCGGACCCUGAGGGAGCUCAUGCUCCUGAGGCACAUCAAGCAUGAGAAUGUGAUUGCCCUGAAGGAUGUGAUGUUGCCGGUCCACAGCAGUAGCUUCAAGGAUGUGUACUUGGUUUAUGAGCUCAUGGACAUCGAUCUGCACCAGAUCAUCAAGUCCUCGCAGCCGCUGUCCAACGACCAUUGCAAGUACUUCAUUUUUCAGUUACUGCGAGGGCUGAAGUAUCUCCACUCGGCCAACGUUCUUCACCGCGACCUCAAGCCCGGAAACCUCCUGGUGAACGCCAACGGCGACCUGAAGAUAUGCGACUUCGGGCUCGCGCGGACCAGCCAAGGCGAGGGGCAGUUCAUGACCGAGUACGUGGUCACGCGCUGGUACCGCGCCCCUGAGCUGCUGCUCUCGUGCGACAACUACGGGACCUCGAUUGACGUCUGGUCUGUGGGCUGCAUCUUUGCCGAGAUCCUCGGGCGCAAGCCCGUGUUCCCUGGGUCGGAGUGCCUCAACCAGCUGAAGCUGAUCAUCAACACACUGGGGAGCCAGAGGGAGGAGGACAUCGAGUUCAUCGACAACCCGAAGGCCUGGAGGUACAUCAAGGAGCUGCCCGUCUCGAGGGGAACCCACUUCUCCCAGCUGUACCCGCAGGCUGAUUCUCUGGCUGUGGACCUGCUGCAGCAGAUGCUCGUGUUCGACCCAAGGAAGAGGAUCACCGUGACGGAGGCGCUCCAGCAUCCUUACAUGGCAGGGCUGUACGACCCGCGAUGCAACCCGCCGGCUCAGUACCCGAUUAGCCUCGACAUCGACGAGAGUAUGGGGGAGCCUAUGAUUAGGGAGAUGAUGUGGAACGAAAUCCUUCAUUACCAUCCUCAUCAGUAUGCUUCUCUCCAUGGAUAAAUGCUUCGAAUCUCCGACAUAUUACCAGAAAAUAGCUGCAAUGUCUAUACCAACUAAAAUAGCACAUUGCAUUUUCUUUAAAACAGUAUUUUGUGAUAUUAUGUUCUUUUUCCUAGUCCGAAACAUUAAUUAUAGGAUCAUUUGAAGUAUAA